AUGGGCAACGCCGAGAGCCAGAGCGUGGAGCACGCCUUCUACGGGGAGAAGCGCGCCGGCCUGGGCCGCAAGCACACGUCGCGCUCGCUGCGCCUGUCGCACAAGGCCCGGCGCUCCCGCCACAGCCACGCGGCCACGGGGAAGGCGCCGCCCCGGCGCGCGGAGGCCAGCGCGCGGUCCAGCAGCACGCCCAGCCUGCCGCAGGCGCUGGCCGAGAACGGCCUGGAGCCCUUCGCCGCCCAGGGCGCCCUCCAAGGCAUCGGGGACCCCCUGUGGGCGGACCGUGUGGAGAUGGGCCUGAGGCCCGUGUCCUACACCGGCUCCUCCGUGGCCCCCAGCGUGGACAGCAGCGUGGCGCUCGCCGCCACCUCGGAGCAGAGCAUGCUGGGCUCGGAGGAGGGCGGCCGGCGCCCGCGGCCCUGCGCCUGCCCCGCGCCCGGCUCCGCGGAGGCCGCCGGCUUCCAGAAGAAGCGCUCCAAGUCCGCGGACCUGUGGCGGGAGGACAGCCUGGAGCUCUCGCUGUCCGACCUGAGCCAGGAGCCGCUGAGCAGCCGCGAGGACAUCCUGGGCGCCGCGGGGGAGCGGGACGGCGAGGAGGCGCGGGCGGGGCCCAGGCCGCUGGGCGCCUGCCCGCGCGCCACGUCCCUGGGCGACCUGGGCACCCCGAGCAGCGGGCGCUGCGCGGGCCACUGCCGGGACCUGGCGCCGGACACACCCCGCCGCCCGCACCGCACGGAGGAGGCGGCCUACAGCGCCUACAACACGCUGCCCUGCCGGCGCUCCCACUGCCUGUCCGAGGGCGUCACCGGCCCGCCGCUCGGCCUGGGCAGCCUGCAGGGCCGCAGGGCCCGGACCGCGCAGGAUGUCAACGCGGGCGAGGGCAGCGAGUUCGCCGACAGCGGCAUCGAGGGGGCGGCCACCGACCCGGACCUGCUGUCCCGGCGCUCCAACGCCACGCACUCCAGCUACUCGCCGCCGCCCGGCCGCGCCUUCGCGGGCAGCGACAGCGGCAGCAGCAGCGCGGGGGACGCGGCGCGCCAGGGCGUCUACGAGAACUUCCGGCGGGAGCUGGAGCUGGGCGCCAGCCGCGAGAGCCCCGAGGAGGCCGGCUCCGCGCACAGCGACGAGCGCUCCAGCGGCGCGCCCAGCUCGCCCGGCCGCUCGGACGACGCGCUGCGGGCGGCCGCGCGGGGCACCGUGCGCAAGGCGGGCGCGCUGGCCGUCAAGAACCUGCUGGUGCGCAAGAAGAGCCGCAAGGUGGAGCCGGCCGCCCGCCGGCGCUGGAAGCACUACUGGGCGGCCCUCAGAGGGUGCACGCUCCUCUUCUACGACAGCGACGGCCGCUCGGGCAUCGAGCCGGGCAGCGUGCCCAAGCACGCCGUGUGGGUGGAGAACGGCGUGGUGCAGGCCGUGCCCGAGCACCCCAAGAAGGACUUCGUCUUCUGCCUCAGCAACUGCCUGGGCGACGCCUUCCUCUUCCAGACCACCAGCCAGACGGAGCUGGAGAACUGGAUCACCGCCAUCCACUCAGCCUGCUCGGCUGCGGUCGCCAGGCACCACCACAAGGAGGACACACUCCGCCUCCUCAAGUCGGAAAUCAAGAAGCUGGAGCAGAAGAUCGACAUGGAUGAGAAGAUGAAGAAAAUGGGCGAGAUGCAGCUGUCCUCUGUCACCGACUCCAAGAAGAAGAAGACAAUCCUAGAUCAGAUCUUCGUGUGGGAGCAGAACCUGGAGCAGUUCCAGAUGGACCUGUUCCGCUACCGCUGCUACCUGGCCAGCCUGCAGGGCGGCGAGCUGCCCAACCCCAAGCGCCUGCUCGCCUUCGCCAGCCGCCCCACCAAGGUGGCCAUGGGGCGCCUGGGCAUCUUCUCCGUGUCGUCCUUCCACGCCCUGGUGGCGGCCCGCACCGCGGAGACGGGCGUGAGGCGGCGCACGCAGGCCAUGGCGCGCUCCACCAGCAAGCGCCGCAGCCGCUUCUCCUCGCUCUGGGGCCUGGACUCCACCUCCAAGAAGAAGCAGGGCCACCCCAGCAUCAACCAGGUGUUCAGCGAGGGGCCCGAUGCCGCCAAGCAGGCUCUGGAGGAGGCGUUCGACGACGCUGUCCCCGAUGGCAAGGUGGAGAAGGAGAUGGCCCUGCCCAGCCCCCACCAGCAGAACCCCGACUGCGACAUGUGGGCCCAUGAGUACUUCCCGCCGUCCUGGUUCUGCCUGCCCGGCAGCCGGUCCGUGCUGACCGUCGUGCGGCCCGGGGACUCCGCCCGGGACACGCUGGAGGGCGUCUGCAAGACGCACCAGCUGGACCCGGCCGCGCACUGCCUGCGGCUGCGGUUCCUCGUGGAGGACCGGCUGCAGGUGUACGAGCCGCAGCCCGAGGAGGAGCUGUACGACCUGCUGUUCCAGGAGGUGGAGAUCUGCCCCAAGGCCGUGCGCAGCCUGCAGCUGGAGAAGUCGGACGCGGCCGGGGACAGCUACGGCUUCUCCCUCUCCUCCGUGGAGGAGGACGGCGUCCGGAGGCUCUACGUGAGCAGCGUCAGGGACACGGGGCUGGCGGCCAAGAAAGGCCUGAAGGUGGGGGAUGAGGUUCUCGAGGUCAGCAGCCGCGUGGCCGCCAGCCUGAGCUCCGCGGCCCUCAGGGACUUCCUCUCGCAGCCCAGCCUGGGCCUCCUGGUGCGGACGCGCCCCGAGCUGGAGGGGGGCGCCCUGCUGCUGGGGAGCCCGCCCCACCGUGCCGACGGCCCCGCCGAGCCCGGCCACAGCCCCUUCGCCUUCCUCGCCGGCAGCCCAGGGCCCAGCCUGGGCGGGUCGCAGGGCAGCAGCACGGAGCCCUCCCCCGAGGAGGCCGAGGGGCUGGACCCCGAGUCCUCGGACGACACGGACCAGAGCAGCAAGAGCACGGAACAGGGCGCGGUGUCCUGCCGCAGUCCGCGAGGCGACAUGAACCCCGGCGACCCGAGCCCCAGCCCCCAGGACCCCGGCGGGCCGCAGCCAGCCGCUGCGCGGCAGCUCACGGACGCCGCCAAGCUGCGGAAGGUCAUCUGCGAGCUGCUGGAGACGGAGCGCACCUACGUGAAGGACCUCAACUGCCUCAUGGAGCGAUACCUGCGGCCCCUGCAGAAGGAGACGUUUCUCACCCAGGACGAGCUGGACGUGCUCUUUGGGAAUCUGACCGAGAUGGUGGAGUUCCAGGUGGAAUUCCUGAAAACUCUGGAAGACGGAGUGAGGCUCGUCCCGGAUUUGGAAAAGCUCGAGAGGGUCGAUCAGUUCAAGAAGGUGCUCUUCUCCCUCGGGGGCUCCUUCCUGUACUACGCCGACCGCUUCAAGCUGUACAGCGCCUUCUGCGCCAGCCACACCAAGGUGCCCAAGGUGCUGGUGAAAGCCAGGACGGACGCGGCCUUCAAGGCCUUCCUGGACGCGCAGAACCCGCGGCAGCAGCACUCGGCCACGCUGGAGUCGUACCUCAUCAAGCCCAUCCAGAGGGUCCUCAAGUACCCGCUGCUGCUGCGCGAGCUCUUCGCGCUGACGCACGUGGACAGCGAGGAGCACUACCACCUGGACGUGGCCAUCAAGACCAUGAACAAGGUGGCCAGCCACAUCAACGAGAUGCAGAAGAUCCACGAGGAGUUCGGGGCCGUGUUCGACCAGCUGAUCGCGGAGCAGACGGGAGAGAAGAAGGAGGUGGCCGACCUGAGCAUGGGGGACCUGCUGCUGCACACCACCGUCACCUGGCCCAACCCGCCCGCCUCGCUGGGCAAGUGGAAGAAGGAGCCGGAGCUGGCCGCCUUCGUCUUCAAAACGGCCGUGGUCCUCGUGUACAAGGACGGCCCCAAGCAGAAGAGGAGGCUCGUCGGCUCCCACAGGCUCUCCAUCUACGAGGAGUGGGACCCCUUCCGGUUCCGGCACAUGAUCCCCACGGAGGCGCUGCAGCUGCGUGCCGUGGCCAGUGCAGAUGCGGACGCCGACACCGCGUGCGAGAUUGUCCACGUCAAGUCCGAGUCAGAGGGGAGGCCGGAGCGCGUGUUCCACCUGUGCUGCGGCUCCCCCAAGAGCCGCAAGGACCUGCUGAAGGCCGUGCACUCAGUCCUGCGGGACAAGCACCGGCGGCAGCUGCUCAAGGCCGAGAGCCUGCCCUCGUCCCAGCAGUACGUCCCCUUCGGAGGCCGGCGGCUGUGCGCGCUCAAGGGGGCCCGGCCGGCCAUGAGCAGGGCAGUGUCCGCGCCCAGCCGGUCGCUGGGCAGGAGGAGGCGGCGCCUGGCCCGCAACAGGUUCACCGUGGACGCGGACGCCGUGCCCGGCAGUCCCGAGCGGCCGCCCGGCGCCGACACGGACCGCUGGGUGGAGGAGCAGUUCGACCUGGCGCCCUACGAGGAGCCGGAGGAGCCGGAGGACCUGCCGGAGACCGACAUCCUCAGCGAUGACGACGGCAACGCCGCCGAGGCCCCGGGCGCCGGGGCGGGCCUGGCGGGGCGGCUGCAGGCGGCCUCCCUGGGCCCGCGGGGCCGGGACCGCGGCGGCCCCGACGGCCACACGGCGCGCAUGGCGCAGCUCAGGAAGCAGGCGGCGCUGCCGGGCGGCGGCCCCGAGCCCGCGGGCCCCGAGGUGGUCUGGGUGCGGCGGGAGGAGCUGGCCGCGCCCGGGGCGCUGAGCACGGAGAUCUGA